UAUUCGCUCCAUAAGACGCACUGACAUUUUCCCCCCUUUUUUGGGGGGAAAAAAACACAGAACAGGGAUGACCAGAGACUGCGGACACAGUACAGGGAUGACCAGAGACUGCGGACACAGUACAGGGAUGACCAGAGACUGCGGACACAGUACAGGGAUGACCAGAGACUGCGGACACAGUACAGGAGAUGACCAGAGACUGCGGACACAGUACAGGAGAUGACCAGAGACUGCAGACACAGUACAGGAGAUGACCAGAGACUGCGGACAGUACAGGGG